GAUGGCGUCGGACGCUUGCACUGCUAACCUCUCCCGUUAACUAGGCUGCGUUAGCUCAGGUUAACCCGGUUUCGUUGAGAUUUACCCGGGUUAGCGCUUACUCUCCACGGAGGAGGACGGGUUAGCUAACUUUAGUCGCUUAGCUCUGUUAGCAUGUCAGCUCAUUAGCUGACUGUUUACCGAAAAAACGGUUAGCUUGAGAGCUAGCUUUGUUUAUCUUAUAUAUAUAUAUAUAUAUAAUUGUGUUGAUGUUUUUAACAUAUUACUUCGGGGACGUAUCAUACUACAGAGCUAACAGCAAGUCACAGCUAGUGUUCGCCGGAGUUAGCAUGAGCUGUUAGCCGGAGCUAGCGGGAGUCUUUGUUUGCAGCCGUGUUGUGGUGCGAGAGCAUUGUUCGCGUAGUUCGCCGGUAGAUUCGACUAGACGCUCGACAAUUAGCCGAUGCUAAGGUAAUAAAAGACAUAAUUGUAUUUUCUGAGCCUCGAGGUUGUCAUGAAGUCAGUGACCUUCAUCGUCUAGGGGUUAUUAUGGCCCUCAGUCCAGGCUGCAGGCACAGCCUUCCAGUGGUCUACCUGCUCGUGCUGUCAGGAUGCUUUGCCGGGUCGCAGAGAAACGACAACGUCUACGCGUCGGGGAUUUCUAAUGCCUGUGGAGACGUGGCGGAGCUCCUGCGAGGGUCCAGUGGCGUCAUCACCAGUCCCGGUUGGCCAUUUCAGUAUCCGGCUAGACUCAACUGCAGCUGGAACAUCAGAGUGCGACUCGGAGACACCGUCACCCUCAGUUUCCAAGACUUUGACCUGCAGGGUUCCCACCGUUGCUCUGCGGACUGGAUGUCCAUCAGCAGCUACAAGAGCCUGGACGGGCUCCGGGUUUGUGGUUCCUCCCUGCCGCCCCCUUACAUCUCCUCCCAGGACCACGUCUGGAUCCACUUCCACUCCGAUGACAGUCUGACAGGGAAAGGCUUCCGACUGUCCUACAUCGCUGGCAAACCGGAGGCCUCCAGCUGUGACGUGGACCAGUUCCACUGCUCUAAUGGGAAGUGUGUCCCAGACUGGUGGCGCUGUAACUCCAUGGACGAGUGUGGAGACAAUUCUGAUGAGGAUCUGUGCGUGGAGUCUCCGUUUUCCUUCCAGCCCUGCAGUCUGAACCAGUUCCCCUGCCUUUCCCGGUACACCCGGAUCUACACCUGUCUGCCCCACAGCCUGAGGUGUGACGGCAGCAUUGACUGCCAGGACCUCGGUGAUGAAAUUGACUGUGACGUUCCUACUUGUGGAGAACUGUUAAGGAACUUCUACGGCUCCUUCAGCUCUCCAAACUACCCUGACUUUUACCCUCCAGGAAGUAACUGCACCUGGCUGAUUGACACAGGAGACCACAGGAAGGUCAUCCUGAGGUUUACUGACUUUAAACUUGAUGGGACGGGUUAUGGGGACUACGUGAAGGUCUACGACGGCUUGGAGGAGAACCCUCGUCGUCUCCUCCGGGUUCUGACCGCCUUCGACUCCAGAGCGCCUGUCGCUGUGAUGGCCUCGUCCGGCCAGCUCCGAAUUCACUUCUACGCCGACAAGAUCAAUGCAGCCAGAGGGUUCAAUGUCACCUACCAGGUGGACGGGUUCUGCCUGCCGUGGGAGGUUCCGUGUGGCGGUAACUGGGGCUGUUACACAGAGCAGCAGCGAUGUGAUGGCUUCUGGCAUUGUCCCAACGGGCGUGAUGAGCAGAACUGUUCUGUCUGUCAAGAGGAUGAGUUCCCCUGUUCUAGGAACGGAGCCUGUUACCCUCGAUCGGACCGCUGCAACUAUCAGAACCGCUGCCCCAACGGCUCUGACGAGAAGAACUGCUUCUUCUGCCAACCUGGCAACUUCCACUGCAAGAAUAACCGCUGCGUGUUUGAGUCGUGGGUGUGUGAUGCUCAGGACGACUGUGGCGAUGGGAGUGACGAGGAGAGUUGUCCCGUCAUCGUUCCGACCAGAGUCAUCACGGCCGCCGUCAUCGGGAGCCUCAUCUGUGGCCUCCUGUUGGUCAUCGCCCUCGGCUGCACCUGCAAACUGUACUCGCUCCGCAUGUUUGAGCGCAGGUCAUUUGAGACCCAGUUGUCCAGAGUGGAAGCAGAGCUGCUGCGGAGGGAAGCCCCGCCCUCUUAUGGUCAACUGAUCGCCCAGGGACUGAUCCCUCCUGUGGAGGACUUCCCUGUGUGCUCUGGGAGCCAGGCCUCUGUCCUGGAGAACCUCCGUCUGGCUGUCCGCUCUCAGCUAGGCUUCACCUCUCUGAGACUCCCCUCCUCGGGUCGUCAUAGCAACCUGUGGCGUCGUUUCUUCAACUUCUCAAGGUCACGGCGAUCAGGUUCUCUGGCUCUGGUGUCUGCUGACCUGGAGGACAGUGCUGGCACAGGGAGUUUAAGUUCAGACCUGCUGUCUCCGGACUCGGACGACACCGACACCGAGGGCGAGCGAGGCAGGGCGCGAGGCUUCGGCGCAGUGGGUGGACCUGUCGCCCCCCUUCCCCAAAAGAUCCCGCCCUCCACUGGCGUGGAGGCGGUGGUAUUCGUGACUACCUCCGUAACCCCGACGCCGACUUGUGGGCGAGGACGUGACAGGCACCCAGAGAUUCAGCCCCCCUCCAUCCCCGUCCCCACAUUAACUCCCAGCGCAGAUCCCGAACGUCACAGCAACGCCUCAGAGCUGCAGGCUCAGCCCGCCUCUGGCCUGCAGCGACUGGCUCACAACUUGCACCGCUUCGCCAGAAACUUGACCAGAUCCAGCCACAUCCGGCAUGACCAAACCUGGACCAAUCACAGUCCGCUUCACCAGCUGGAGACUGGGACAAGUGGGGUGGAGGCCACAGAGCAGCGAGAAAACCAAGAAGAAGAAGAAGACGUGGAGCUCCUGAUUCCCGUCUCGGACUCUGAAUCCUCCUCCCUGGUGAGCGACAUCCGACAGCCUCUGCUAGAACCGUACCCCCCCUCUACCACAGGCCACGCCCCCCACCAUCACCACGCAAACCAUUCUCGAGGAGGCCGGGACGGCCCGUGUGAACACUGUGGGAUGGUCCACACGGCUCAGAUCCCUGACGCAUGUCUGGAAGCCACAGGAAAGACAGAGAGCAGUGACGAUGAGCUACUGCUGCUGUGCUAACAAGCUCGCUGUCAGUGUAAUACUCGACAUACGACCCUGAUCCUACGCCUACAGUCAGCCAACUUGCUAACUGACAGGCUAACGGCCUUUUCACAAAAAUAAUCUUUUCUUCGGAUUUUUCCAAUAUCGUAAGGGUCGUUACAUUCAUGUACAUUUGGUAUCCACUGAAAUUCAGGGUGCAAGAAUGUGUGGAGAAGUAACAAAGUUCUGUAAUUUCCUUUCGGAGCAUGUUAUUGUCACCAGUGUAUCAUUCAUUUCCUAGACUGAAUCACAUGUGUUAUGGAAUUCAUGUUUAAUAGCCGGCUUAUGAUUUGUCUCCAUGGAUUUGGAGGCAGAAGUAAAACAUUGCACUGCAAAAUACUUUCUCAUAGAGAUCAAUACAGAUUGAAUGACUGUGUGAUUUAUUAACAAAUGUUAACGUUUUUUUUAAAAGACCCUAAUACUGCCCAAUACCUAUUCACUUGCCCAGCUAACCUCUUUAUGCUUUGGUAGCCAGCACGAUGCGUUACUACAACUACACCUGUUUAGUAAUGCUGGCUGUAUUCCACGUUGGCUCUCGGUGAUGUCAGAGAUGAUUGGACCAAUCCGAGAGGAGAGAUUGGUCCUUAUGUCGGUACAAUGAUGAAAACCCUCCACUGAUGUUCCCUCUUUUUUUUUUUUUUUUUUCCUCCUCGUCGCUGCAUGGGCACUUCCUGCUCAUCGGUACGGCUGUAAAUCGAUAGGUUGAUAGUUUACACAUUAAGUUGACCUGUUCAGACUCUUGAUGAGGUGUGACAGUUUAAAUGCUCCGAGCCCUUUGGGCUGUUCAUCAGAACCAAGGGAAUGACAAGGAACUUGCGACCAAAGGAGGAAGCCAAAGACAUGUGUUCCACUAGGGUACAGUAGAGUGUACAGGGUCUGAAUUGUGGAUUGUUCUCUAAAGGCGACGUCCUGGAUCAUCCUGUAAAGGGUCGGUUCUGGUUUUGAAACAUUGAGUUGAUCUGACACUGUUGAGAGCCUUAACCAGAACAGAGUUUGAGAACAAACCGGACCAGUCCUUCAGAAUCUCUGCUGAGUGUUCAAGACCCGACCAACACAACCAGAUGUAUGACGUGUCAUCAAAGUCCUGAAUAUUUAACUCUGAGUCCCUCCGCCCUAUUGCUUCUCCCCAUGUUGCCCUUCCCCUUCUGCUUCAAACGGACCUGUCUGUACUUAUGAUCUCUGUUACAUUGUUUUGGUACCCAGAUCUCAGCUGACCGUGUGUGAGUGUAUAUUUAUUAUUACUGAUAAUAUGGUUAUUGUGUUAAAGGAGAACUUCACUCCUCAAUGAGCAUCAUCACUGUGAAUAUCCUCCCUCCACCUUCAUUGGUCGGAUUGUAGUGAAGCACUGACAAGUCACAUGGAACAACUCUAAAUCAUUCAUCAACUGUAUUCUGUCACAGCAAAGUAAGGCGUGAGCAGAUCUUUCAAAUUGAGGAUUAACAAUGAAAGAAUGCGAGGUGAUGUAUUAUGAAGAUGCAACAGUUCACCAUUAACAAACACUAAAUAGUUAUUUUCUCUUCUCACAUUCUACAACUAACCCAAAAGGAAAGUAAUAUCACCCCAUCAUGCAAUACAUUUCCCAGGUAAUUUACUUGUUAUCCUCCCUGAGCUGUGACUGAAAGAACAAAGAGCCACUCCAGGUAACAGACAUUUAAAUACAGUCUGUAUAUUUAUACAUGUGUGUGUAUACGUCUCAUGGUCAUUGUAGGUGUGAAGUUACCUUUCCUUUUUUUGUGGACCUGAUUUUAUGACCUGCAUGAUUCAAGUUGUUGGGUGUUUGUCUCUGUGAAGCUGGAAACUGUUUAACUGCACUAAAGAUUAAAAGUUCAAAAUGCA